AUAUCAAAAGUACACCCAUGUGACCACAUUGCGUAUGCAUUAAUGCGACUGUGUUAACUCCGCCCAUGUACUUCUCGUGACUUUCGCAAUAUGGUCGAACCCGCUCCCUCCAUUAAUAUUCAUUAAAUUCUCCAGUUUGUAGGAAUCCAUCGGUGCGUGCGUUGAAGUGAAUAAAUGUAAACAUUGUCGUACUGGACUGGAGAGUAGUGACAUCACACAAGGACAUAGAAUGAAAAUUUUUGUAAGAGUAAAGUUUAUCACAGCAUAAAACUGAUAAAACGGACGUUGAUAAUACAAUAACAAGUGCACGGAGUCGAUAUUUUUUAACGAAAAAUGUCUGGACAAAGUAACUCAGACGAUGACCUAACCACCGAUGCCAUUCCAAGCCCUCCACGAGACGAAGUUAUUAAUGAAAAAAAGGACGAAUACGAAGAACCGGAACACAUAAAUGUCCACCCUAAAAUCAAAACAAAACCGAAAGUUUUUGGAAAACCAAAAAAAGCGAGACAUACAGCCUACGCUAGCGUAAUUAAUAUUAGUAAUGCUAACGGAAUUCACGUUGGAUCAAACUAUAACGUAUACAUGAACAGCAAAACUGAAAAUAGCUCACAAAAAGACUAUGUUGUUACUGAUGCCAUAAACGCCUUGUUUGACAGUACUGUGCCCGUUGAACGAAAACAUCUACUUUUUGUGUCGCCACAUAUGAACGAACACUGGCGAACUACCGCCCGAUUGUUGGACUAUUCAGAUGGCCAAAUCAGUCAAUUUUACGAAGAUUACAGCCGCGCUGGAAUCAAAGAGGUUAUUUACCAGUUGUUACUAGAUUGGAUUCAAAAUGAAACUACCGCUGCUACAGUUGGCAAACUGUCAAAAACGUUGUGGGACACCAGUCAACAAGACGCGGUGCAACGUUGGUCGAAAAAUUUUAAAUAAAAUUGUCAUUCCCUACCAAACUGAACAAAAUACAAAUUUGUACUAUUGUAGAAACUUAGUUUCGCAUAAACUCAACAACAUAGGUAUAUUUUUGUAUGAAUUUUUGGAACAAAUGUUUGAUCCACUGUUUAACGUUCUUAUCAGUGGAGUGUUAAUAUUUAAAACGUUAUUAUUUGCAAUGUAAACAACACUGGUAAGAACUUGAGAAAUUGUUUCUAAAGUGUAACAAGUUUGUGAUAUAAAGUGAUUUUUAGAAGUAUGGUUGUUGUACUGAAUACUUAAAAAAUAUAAUCAUUUGUUAUUAGGUAUAUUUUGUUAGGUUGAUUUUGUUUUUAAUUUGAACUGUUGUUUACAUACGUUAAUUUUAUAAUCAAGUGACAAAAUUUGUCUUUUGGUCAUUUCAAUUUGAUUCUGUGGUACCGCUUAACUGAUCUAGAAUCUACGUCAGAUGUCAAACUACUUGUCAAGACUGAUCCAAAAGUGUGACAUCUGUCAAUGAUCUCGCGUGUCUCAAAUAAUUUGUACAAUUUUUUCUACCAGAUUCUUGUAAUGUUCAAAGAAAUAUAAAAUUAAAACUUA